CUUAUAACCCUUGUAUACAUGCUUUCUCCCUUGUAUGAGAAUGUUUCUGCAGUGAAAAAAGAGGAAAAGUAUGUUAGUUUAAGACAUUAGAGAAAGGAAAAGUGGUGAAACAUGAAAGGAAAAAAGAUAAAGACAAGUGGUGGGCUUUGAAUAGAUUCCAGAGAGAUUGUUCAACACUCUUUAGUUCUAGAGACCCUACUGACUUCAACUAAGACAAGCAUAUAUGUUGUCUUGCCACUUAUACAAAGGCAAACACGCUCACUCAUCUCUGCAACAACUGUCUGAAAGCCUUGACAUUGUCGGUAGAACCGAACAGAGUAUAGGUUUCUGGUUAAAAACAUGGCCAUGAGAUUAGCUGGGAAUGACGGGUUUUGGAGCAGCUUGUCUGUUCUGAAUGAAGAUACCCUAAUGCAGAGUCUUCUCCUUGGUCAUGUUCCUGAUGGCCGCUGGCUUGAUUCUGAAAUGAUGCUUCAGGAAGUCGAAAACAUCAUGCACAUUGCUUUGGAGAAUGAAGUUUCUAGCCCACCUAUGAGUUCUGAGACCUGGAACUGUAUCAGCGGCAUUGAAGUGGUUGAAUCAGUGGAGACACUGCCUUGUACAAUCUCCAGAGUCUCCCUUCAGAUGCUUUGUCAAUGCACAGGGGAAAGGGAUAUUCAGACAAGAACAAUGGCCGUGUUUGAUCUUCUGCGAAAUUAUCGAUGGGAUGUGAAAGUUCAUCGGUUGCAAUCCUCAACUGGUUGCCUUUCAAUACAAGCAAGUUCAGCACUUGGCUUAAAUCUCUGA